UAUUGCUGGUACGCUAUCGUUGUAAAUAAAUUGUCUGCAGCAGUUAAGCAGCUCAUAUUACUUGUAUGUAAUCUUUUUAAACAAAUCUCAAUUAAAAUGAAAGAGAAGGUUAAGGUUUUUGGAUUCGGAUUUGGAAACUGUGAGCAUCAGCUCUGACAAAAUAUAAAAGCACUUUGAAAAAUAUACAUGGACUGCGAGACAGCAUCGCGCGACUUUAAUAGUUGCCAAUGCCAGCAUUUGCUUGUUUAUCCGCACGUGUGUACAAACUAGAGAUGGCAACGGCUGGCUUAACGGCUUAUCGGCUGGCUGCGGCUGGCUAAAAUAGCGAGCCGGCUCGGAAGAGUCGGCUCACCUACCCGAGCCGGCUCAAACGGCUCGGCUUUGAACGCGAGCCGGCUAAGCCGGCUCCGAGCCGGCUUAGCCGAUAGCUUUUUAGCGCGGAAAAACUCGAGUCUUUUUUUCAAUAAAAAGAAAUGUUUACAAUUUUUUCUGUUCUUUUUUAAGCGAAAAACUGUUUUUGAUCAGUUUCUAAUGGGAAAAGGGAUCUUUAAAGCAAAAAUUCAGCGCUUUUUUAUAAGAUUAUCGAGUUUCAAGACUCAAACUCGGCUUUGAACGGUCCAAAAGAGCUAAAAUUUUACCUGCUGACGCAUUUUUCCCGACAAUACGCAAGCCGUUAGCCGACAUCGGCUUACGGCUGGCUCGCGGCUGGCUGAGACUCCGAGCCGGCUCAAUCGGCUCGGCUGACAUCGGCUGCGGCUGCAUUUUUGGGUCGAGCCGGCUCAGCCGAAGCCGGCUUAGCCGCGGCUCAAACGGCUUCGGCUGAGCCGUUGCCAUCUCUAGUACAAACGCUUCGGGAAAUAAAUACUUUGGCUGAUUCAUUGUUUACGGAUGUAUGAUGUACGUCCACGACAUUAACCUAGAGGCAAAUAAACAAGAAUGUGAGCAAAAAGCAAAACGCUUUUCCACAAUUAUGAGCGAUUUUCAGAAUACUUUAUAUCUGGCUGGGAAGUGCCAAAUCUUGUCGGAAAGUACCAUUUAAAUUCGGUUUGCCAAAAGUUAAUUUUGUGAAACUAUUAAUGUGUGAUUCAAUCUGAAACGAUAAUCCAAGAUAAUCCUAAAGAGAAUUCAAAGCUACACAAUGGCAGAAGGUCUUAUGGCAGUCGAAGCAUUCGACAGGGAAAAACAUCCCGAUCCCCAAACAAGCAAUAAGGUUGCCGGCCAAAUGGGUCCCUAUAUUCGUCAUGCUCCGGCCAUUGUCCCGCGGAUAGAUAUCAGCGAUCUUCGUGCAGAAGCGCAUCACCUGCAUUCGCUGCUUCACCAUAUGAAAAAUGUGGAAUCGCCACAAUUAGUGGAAUCAUUACUCUGUCUAACAGCUUCACAAAGAGCAGAUGUGGUGGAAAUGUACGAAGAACUGUUCGAGAAGGGUUUAGCAGCAGAUUUACAAGAACAUGACCUACUUGAUGACCACCCAGUAAUUGCCGCCCUGGUUCUGCCCCAUGUUCUUUACAUUGCCGAAGAACUGCAUAGAAAUAUCCAGGAUGACCUAGUGAUUUUGGAGAUUCUGUAUACGAUGUACGACCCAGAACGGAAACUAGUGAACGAAGCUUACGAAAAAAUCUUUAUGUUGAAAUUUUCGAACGAUUUGUCGCACCAUUACGAAGGGGAAGUUUUACGGAUGCUGGUGUCGUUUGCAGAGGGUACACACAGCGAUUCGUAUGUAGUGGAAAAGGAUCAAAUUGAAAGCGACGCCAAAGCCUUAUAUGAGGCCGGGCAGAAUGAGGAUAUCGGGAUAUUUGCUGACAUUUUCGCCACGAGAAGCCACGCGCAGCUAUUCGAUACCAUUAUGCUCAUGCCCAGCAUAGCUAACACCGAAAUCGAGGAUAUUGUCCAUUUCCGGCUGCAAGGACCUCUUGUUCCCAUUCUACUGGCCAUAAUUAGUUUAGUGCGGUGUAAAGAAUUAUUUUUUGCCAAACAAAUCAACAAAGUCAUGGAGAGUGAGGCCAACGAACAGACCAAAAUUAAAGAUCUUCUCCGGAUAUUUUUGCUACGGGCAGAAAAAGAUCUCGUAAACGUGGAAAAGGAAUACGAAAGGCUUUAUGGCAUGAACAUUGUGAAAGUGAUUCAGGAAAGCAAAGAUUUUUCUAGCACAGCCAAGCACAAUUUAUGCCUGCUAGUCCAAGGAACGCCUGAAAAGUUUCGCUGGGAAGCCAGACUGGACCAUACCGGCCAACUGGGAAUCGUUGCUGGUGGACUUAUUCGACCGACAUAGCGUUAAAAAUUCACCUUGUUAACAAUUGCUACAAAUCAAAUCAUCGAAUCAGCGUUUGUAUAAUUUAUUAAUUAACAAAACGAUAAGAAUUUUUCUUAUGUAUUG